AUGAAGGCUGAGGACGAGAGGACGCAGCCCUCAACAAGUCCUGAUGCGCCACCCAGAAAGAAGCAAAAGCGCAAUAAGCCCACGCUGAGUUGUGAGGAGUGUGUUGAACGCAAGACAAAAUAUUCAGAAAUCGCUAAUCUAAUCGCCUCGUCCACAGACAAAGUUGGCGCGGCGCGAAGUACGGGACGAUCCAGAAAGACGAGCGCAAAACCUUCACUACAGCUUGGCAGUGACCCGCAGCCACAAGGCAAGAUCCAGGUAAUACAAUUUCUUAUUUCCGUCGUGCCUAUCAUGAGGCUUACCGGUGAACCCGUGUUCGCCCACUCUAUCGGCGCCGAACACGUUUUUGCGACCGAUGCAUCUCGUGGGGGUCUUGCUGAGGUGGUUGGUGUAUUGCCAGCCAAAGAACAAGCAGACAUACUCGUUGCCAAAUACUUCGAUGCCGUCGACCCAGUUUAUCCCAUGGUCCACCGCAGGAACUUCCAUGCAGAUUAUGAGCGCUUCUGGUCGCUGCCACAGGAAGAGAAACAGGCAGCCGAUCCUGUCCUAGUAGCUCUUCACUUCGUCGUAUAUGCCAUGGGCACGCAGUUUAUCCAUACGCCUGAUAACCGAGAACGAGCGCAAAUUGCCGAAUUCUACAUUUCAGCUGCUCAGCAGGCACUGCGGAUAUCAUCAUAUCUUAGUCGAGCUUCAGUCAGGACAUUGCAAGCUAUGGUCUUGAUAGGUUAUUUCUUAAUGAAUGACAAUCACGCCUCCGACGCAUGGGCUUUUGGUGGUGUUCUAGUACGACAAGCCUACGCUAUGGGAUUACAUCGCGAUCCUGACAUCAUUACCCCCCGUUGUUCCCGAAGCGAUAAGCAACAAAGGCGGAAGCUGUGGCAAGCCAUCUUCUUCCAAGACACCUUCCUUACUGUUCUUCUAAAGCUUCCACCGACGACUGUCUUCUCGGACAUCCAGCCAGAGUCCCUAAGCGACGAUUUAGACGACUAUAUCCCCAACGGCUCCGCCACAAACGGCGCAACCGACUCUGUAAUCAACCCCAUGAGCAUAAGUAAUAUUGCCUCGGAUGUUGAUCUAUACCCACCUUAUGAGCUUUCAGAUCGCAGAUACAUCCGCUCAAUGUGGCACAUGGCAGAGCUCGUAUCUCGUACAGUCUGCGUACCCCGGUCUCUAGCAUCACCUCUCACCACAUCCAUUGCCCACAAAGCAGAGCUGGUCGAUAAAUACUUUGCCCUUCACAGCAGCUUCCCCGUGGAACUCACCGUCUCAGAUGACGCUGCCAUACAAACCAUGGCAGAGCUGAAUCCCCGCGGUCUGAGACAGAAUCUCUUUUUCCGUAGUAACUUCUGGCACUGCGUCAUGGCAAUACAGGCCGACGAGAACACCACGGCCGGCGUACCCUGUGACGUCAAGGGCGCCCUAGAAGCAGCUAGAAUGGCCUUGCAGUCCUUUUUCCACUUUUGGGAGUACCUUAAAAUCGAUGCUAGUGUGUGGUGGGUGUUCCAGCAUCGCGCGUUUGAGGAGGCGCUUCUCAUGGCACGCAUCCUAUGCCAGCAAGCAGAACCGCUGUCACCCAGCCAUACAGGUCUGCCACCCUCGGCGGACCCUCUACUAAGAGACGCAAAAGACGAUGCGAGGAAGUGUCUUGAAAUCCUGGAUUUGGUCGGCAUUGCACCUGAGAUGCAGAAGACGAGGACUGAGCGCCCGCGCACCGCGCUCCAAUCUGGCGCAACACUGCUAACCGGCGAAGUCAGCCCCCAAGUCGACGUCAUCCAGCGCCUCUACACCGAGUUGAACAAAGCAGCCGAUUCGCUCGAUAAGGCGGCCCCAAAGAAGAACGAGGUACACGAUCUGAUUCAAGUGGCUUUGGCACUCAUGCAGGCUGCGAAUCAGCUGACGGCUCGCGUGAAUGCGUAUGCUGAGCGCAUGGAGGAGUUGGAGGGUGUGUUGGGUGAAGGGGAUGCAAAGGCGGGAGAGGAGGGUGAUAAGGUGGGAGAAGAAGAGGUUGAAGAAGAAGAUGGAGGGGAGAGCGAGGACGCGGCGGUUUAG